GCAAGGUUGUGCCGAGGUUAUCCGAGACACAGCAUCGAAGUUCGCGCAACAUGUUGAAGGGCACAAGGGCUACCUAAGUGGAGAGUCGGGAAGGCGUCUACGUCAUACUGACCUUGCUGCGAAAACCGUAAACAUAUACAACAACCCCCAUAUUCAUCCACUCUUGUCUGCUACACAACACCCCCUGAUACCCAUUUGAGCUUUCAAACUUUCAACUACUCUAGAUUCAAUCCCAGAUACAAACUCCAAGUCAUUCAUUAUGGUCACAAACAAGAAAGUCCUCAUUGUCCUCUCCGACGCGUCCUCCUUUCCCCUCUACAACACCGGUAGCGACGGAAAGACCGUAUCGCAAGACUCAGGCUACUUCCUCAUGGAGCUAGCGAAGCCUCUUCAAAAGAUCCUCGACGCCGGCUACGAAGUCACAUUCGCAUCACCAGAGGGCAAGGAGCCCACACCAGACCCACUCAGCGUAUCUCUCGCCGCCUUCGCCGGAAACUACUACGAGAAGCAAAGAGAGCUGGAAUUAAUCGAGCGCAUGAAAAAGGAGAAUGGCUUCUCGCGACCAAAGAAGUUCUCCGAGAUCAGUGAUGACGAGUUGAAGCACUUCAGUGGAGUCUUCAUCCCCGGUGGUCACGCUCCUUUGUCCGACUUGGGCGACAACGCGGAUCUCGGUCGCAUACUCACACACUUCCACACUUCGUCAAAGCCAACGGCUGCUAUCUGCCACGGACCCUGGGCUUUUCUAAGCACCAAGUACGGUCCGAGCAAGAAGUUCGAGUACGCUGGGUACAAGAUGACGAGCUGGUCGGAUGCCGAGGAGAAGUUGAUGGAGACGAUCUUCCGCGGUGAGAUCGACAAGGUUGAGGGUACGCUUAGGCAAGAGGGUGCGGAUAUGCAGGAGGGUAUUGCUAAGUCUAUGGGCAGUAUUACUGUGGAUAGGGAGCUUGUUACUGGGGAUAACCCGAUGGCGGCGAAUGCGCUGGGUGACAAGUUCUUGGAGAUGAUGGCUGCGAAAUAGAUGCGGUCUGGUGGAAUCCCGGCGAUGGUACGGCACCGUGUACGAUUAUAUGAGCUACGAAUUCAUAACCAGCUACGUGUCCAGA